UGUAGUCUGAGUCGUGUAUUCGGGCCAAUAGUAAUCGUGCGGUGCCUUUGAGAACACGGUACGGUCUCUCGUUAGUCUUGUCUCUCGUGGUGCGUUUUCACACGUCACACGUCGGAAACGAAAAAGGGCAAACGAAGGAAAAGAAGGGAACAACGAAGAAAGUUACGUCAGAGCACCGACGCGGUUAAGGAACAGAAAAGACAAAAUCACGAGUUAGCUGUGAGAGCUGUCGCGAAGGGAUCGAGCAACAGAAGGAAGAGCGAACACAAAGAUCCCUAACGCUUCGUAAUCGUCUGUCGCGUCUCUGUUUCCGUACUAUCCUGUUCGAAAGUCGCAGAGAAGCUGCAACUCUUUUUCGGUACCAGAAUUCCGCAGCGGGAGCCGCGCAAGACGAGCAUCAUCAACGCGGCAACAGCAGCAAGCAGCAAUCGGAGAGGAGAACAACGUGGGACGCGUGUCGGCGAAGAACAUCGAAGUCAGAGGUAGAUCCACCGCAACGGUGGACAGGAUCAUCCUUGUCGAAGACGUCCGAAUAGGUCGUCCGAGUCGGGGUUGGGUUUUAUCAUCGUGGGCGAGCAACAGCGAGCGGAAACGUCGCCAUGCCGGCAGGUAUUGGCGCUUCGUACAGGUCGUUAGGUGACCUGGGCGAAGACGUGUACAAAAGUACAACGAUCGUCGACCAAACACAGACCACCGGGCAGAGCGUCCUCGAGAGUGUCAAGAAGGCUUUCAGUUUCGCCUCGCCCAAGGUCGAUCUAAGGAAAAAGGACCCGCUGAUCGUGGACCGCCGUGAGAGCGUCUCGAUCGUCUCAAGGGAAAGAAACAGGAUGCCGACCGCAGCCACACCCGAGAAAUCUGCUCUUUUGGGCACGAUGCCUUCAGAUAGUAUGGACGACAUUGAACUGAAAAAUAUUCAACUUCAAUUUCCUCCGCUAAGAUGCCUAUCGAGAGACGACAGUUCUGUGCGAGAGGAAAGGGUUGAAACUGACAAAGGGACUUUGCUGGUGGCUGUGCAAGGGAACCGAGCAAAACCUGCCAUUCUUACUUAUCACGACUUAGGCCUUAACUAUAUAUCGAGCUUCCAGGCGUUCUUCAAUUACAUCGACAUGAGAGUUUUACUCGAAAACUUCUGUGUUUAUCAUGUGAAUGCACCGGGUCAAGAAGAAGGUGCACCCACGCUGCCUGAGGAUUACGUCUAUCCGUCCAUGGAUGAACUGGCUGAACAGUUGCUCUUCGUACUGGGCUAUUUUGGCCUGAAAUCCGUAAUCGGUUUUGGAGUCGGCGCCGGGGCCAACAUACUAGCGAGAUUCGCACUUGCUCAUCCGGAGAAGGUUAAUGCUCUGUGCUUGAUAAAUUGCGUAUCGACGCAGGCAGGUUGGAUCGAAUGGGGCUACCAGAAGCUGAACGUUCGUCAUUUGAGGUCACAGGGCAUGACCCAGGGUGUAUUGGACUAUCUGAUGUGGCAUCACUUUGGCAGGGGUACGGAGGAAAGAAACCACGACCUCGUCCAAGUGUACAAGAACUAUUUUGAGCGUCGUGUAAAUCCAACGAAUCUAGCGCUAUUAAUCGACAGCUACGUUCGUCGUACUGAUCUGAACAUCACGAGGGAAUUAGACCCGACGCGUAAGAAGGAAGGUCUCACGCUCGGUGUACCUGUGAUGAAUAUCACCGGUGCUUUGAGCCCACACGUCGACGACACCGUCACGUUAAAUGGACGAUUAGAUCCGAUGAAUAGCUCUUGGAUGAAGAUUUCUGAUUGCGGAAUGGUACUGGAGGAGCAACCGGGCAAAGUAAGCGAGGCCUUCCGACUGUUUCUGCAGGGCGAAGGAUAUGUGGUGAGAUCCCCGCGGAAGCCCAUGACGCCGACAACACCCGAAGUGGCACCACUAUCACCGUUGAAAAUGGCUGACUACAGACUGGCUUCCCUCGAAGGACUCAAUCAUGUUUGCAGUAAGAAGAUCGACUGGCCCACCGCCACUAUACACAUCACCGAGAAUCCUAUAUCGGAGGCAGUUGUUUGUUAAAUUUUUCUCGAGAAAUUUCACAAUUUACCAUUGGUUAUUUUUUCGAAUAAUUAAGCAUGCAAGAACUUGAAAGGAAAAGAAACCGAAGAAAAAAAGAAAAGAAAAACAGAACGACGCGGAUCGAAUCGGACAUCGAUUUUUUUCAAGGCUUCGUCGGAGCAACGAGAAACGUGGCUCUAACUUCUAAUUUUUGUUUAUCAAGCUAACAUCGAUUAUUCGAUUUUUAGUUCUAAGCAUAUUUUUACUUUGAUGUAUUCGUUCUACGUUUACUCUACUUCCCUUUUAUUUAUAACGAGACUAAGAUAUUUACAAGCGGAAUGAACGUUUCCAAUGGUACAAGAUAUUUUGUAGCAACCGUAAUGCACGUUUCACUUGAUUUUUUCUAUUAACGAUAGAUUAGGUUAGUCGGAUAGAUUUUAUUUCAAAUGCAACGAGGAUUUUAUCGUUUGAAUCAAUAAUACACCGUUUAAGCCGGUUAUCGUCCACGGGACUUUUAAACGUUCAAUAUAAUUCGGAAUUAACACGCGAGUUCACUUUUAAAAAGCUGGAGACAAUUUUUGCCAAUACACAACGUGACAAUUUUUACUGUUGUAAUCCUAUGCAAUCUUUGUUCAGCGGAACAACGUAUUUUUUUAAAAUUUCAGCGAAUAUUAUAUCGCGUAUUACCGACGGUCGUUUUAAUAACAUGAAUUUGAGAUUAGGAAUAUGCGAUUACAAAUUACAUCUGACGCAUCGAAAGCCAACAACCAUCGUAUUCAUCUAUUCGCAGAUACGGUUCUCGUACAACGUCAGAAACAACGAAAUCAUGGUUUUACUUAACUGCGACUUUUACAAAGGAGCAAGAUGAAAAACAGAUAAGAUGAUAGAGCAGAGUAAUGAUGAUUUGAACGGAACAAGAUCAAAGUACUCAUCGUAUGAUGCGCGUGAAAAAAAGAAUUUAGUCUCGGUUACAUACGGACCGUUAAUUAUGGUUUAACGAUGGAUCGAUUACGAAGGGUAGCGAUGAUCGAACGGUUUGAUCGAUAAUUCUAAAAGUGUAAAAGUAAUAAUUAUCCAAAACGAUGUGCAAAAAUAUCGAAUUGCACUAAAGACGAACAUGUGUGGUAGCACUGCAUCGUAGAGAAUCGCGCACUAUUGCUUUCCGUGUUCAUAAGGAGAUGCAAGAAACGACUGGUAGGUGCAGAAUCAAGGGAGUCAAGUUCGUGGAAAGAGCAUUGCGCACAAUUCGAGCAGAUAUUCGCGUUUAUUCAAACGAAUCGACAGACAAGAAAAAGCGUGAUGUCUUUUUAUAAAUUUGAACCCGUCCAGCCGCGCCUACUAAAAGCUUUCCGUGAAUCACGAGUAAAUCGUCGAGCCUCGUCGUCGCUUAUGCAUCCUUAUCGAAUUUGACGAGCUGGCUUUAUUACUCGCGAUAAAUCGAUGCUCGAUCAAUGAGACACGUUACACGGUUACGAGCAAAAUCGAACGUGUCGGUGACACGAUGCGCAGAGAAUUAAAGAAAAACGAGGUAACAAAGGUAGGUAUCGACAGAUUAGACGCGUCGACAUCUUCGAUGAUGUCGCUUGUUCGUUACCCACGGAUAUUUUUCAUGUGGAGGAAUGCAACAAAAUAAAGCCUAAAGCAAUCGGUCGUGACGAACGACCGUCCGUGUUCUCUCGAUAAGAAAAAAUUCUCGUAGGCCUGCACGUGUGAUAUGUGCUUCGUGUUAAAACAGGGAGUUCGCCCGAGGAUAUUCGCGCGUUAAACAUCCUCGAACGGCUAAAUCCUAUGAAAUAAAUAACGUUUUCUUGCCCGACAACGGAAGAAACGUUCGUUCAUUUGUUUGCGCUCGCGCACCGUUCGCACCCUUUCCUUAGUUUCAAGCGUUUAGAAAUAAUUAGAAGCGAGGAUGUAUGUACGUAUGUGAACGUGUGUAUGUGAAACCGAGAAAAAGAGGAAACGAACGUAUGCGUAUGAAAGCAUGCGUAAGCGUGAUAUACAUAGGAACGAGGAUACGUAGAUAAUCGUUCAAAAAAGAAAUAAAGAUCGCAAAAAAUUAAAUAAAAAAGAAGUAUCUGGUUCGAUACCUCAAUACGGUUCUACCAGGCUUCUUAAAGCCUUUAGCGUGAUAUGAUAAGACGUGCCUGCUACAUGAUGUCGUACGUAGCUUUCGAAAGUUUCAACGCCUUUAGUUUUAUAUAUUACGAUUCCCGUACGUCCCGGAUUUUCCCAAUUUUCGCGCGUCCUUUCAAAACGAAAGCGUGCAAUACGCUACAUUCAUGGUAAUAAUGGCCACUGGAAAUUCCGCUGAAUUCGGCUAUCUGGAGCGGACGCUCGAAAUUUCUUACAUAUCUUAUAUUUCAAUCGAGUGAAAUUCAUAUCCAGUCCUUUAAUCAGUUUUAAUUCUUUUUUUUUUUUUUUUUAAUUAGUUAAUAAGUUACGUAGAAAUUAUCUCUGUGUAAAGAGGAUUCUACGAAAAUUGUGAAUCACGAUAAAAAAGGAUAUACAUAAAAAUGACGAAAUUUCUUUGAAAUUCCAAAACCCUGGCAAAAUUUGUGUAGUACGGCAUUUACGACCAUCAAUGGCGUGUACUGUGCACGUCGGUGAGAUAUACAGUAUCGUUUCUCGAUUAAUGAAGAAAAAAAGAACGACGGUAUUUUAAUCGGAAAGUCGUAAAAGAAGAAGAUGCGCGAAAACACGACGAAAGUCGAGACAAAGGACGUAUCGAGGGACGAAAGGUUUAAUCGUUUCAUGUAAAAGAGAGUUUAUAAAAAAAAGAGCGAAUAUAUUAUAGAUGUAUACCUAUGGCGCGUUAUUUAGGCCGACGAAUUGAAGACAGAUCUGUAGUCGACAGCUUAGUAUUAGAACUUUCAGGCUCGAUUCUUCGAGAGGAUUGAGAAAAUAAAGGUAUGCACGCAUUAAUCAUUGCUAAACCGCGAGCGCUAUAAGAGUAACCGUAGCUUCGAAGGACCACCGACACAUUACUAUUAAUCCCUUCGUUUCCACGUCGCUCUUGGAGCUGCAUUAUAGAAACAUUCAAGAACGGAUUAGAUCCACAACGUUCAAGUCUCACAACGUUUCCCUAUUAAUUAUAUUUGAUUGAACAUAUCGUGGAAAAGUGUGAUACCAUUACGCAUUGUACAACCGUUCAAGAAGAUCUAAUCUUAAUCUUUAAUCUUUCAUUGAUAAUGUUCACGAGUACGCAUAUCAUUAGUACGAAUUAAUUUACGAAUUAUAUUAUAUUCGUUAUGAUUCAAUGAAAAAGAAAGAAAGGGAAAAACAACAACUUAUCGAUAUCCCGAGAAUUCUAUCGUAUCUGCACUUUAAUUGAAAAUGCUAACGGUGAUUGAAUGUCUAUAAAGCUCGAAGGGGGUGCGAAACUGACAUGGUUGUUGGUUACGAAGGGCUUAAAGAACAAUUCAUUUGCACACGGCCGUUCACAAAAAAUCGGUAUCAAAACGCCACUACAAUCUCGCGAGAGGAUAGCGAUGUUUUUCUUUGAGGUGGUACGUGGAGCUUUUGCCUCCGAAGCAAAUUUCCAAAAAAUUCCUCGCGCCGUAUCAUCAAAUAGA